GCUUACUAUUUAAAGGAAAUGACGUCAUUGUCAAAGAGAUUCCAAGAUGGCUUCCCUGUUUGGAGCGAACGCUUUCUCAACACCAGUAGGGCAGAGAAUAGAGAAAGCCACCGAUGGAAACCUUCCAUCUGAAGAUUGGGCGGCGAAUAUUGAAAUUUGCGACGUUAUCAAUGAAACGGAAGAAGGGCCAAAAGAUGCUGCCAAAGCUAUAAGGAAGAGAUUAUCAGGAAAUAAGAACUUCAAGAGUGUUCUGUUGACUUUGACGGUGCUUGAGACUUGUGUGAAAAAUUGUGGCCAUAGAUUCCACGUACUUCUUGCCAAGAAGGAAUUGCUAGAUGAACUUGUGAAAGUGUUAAAUCCAAAGAGUAACCCUCCACAAGUUGUUCAGGAUAAAAUUCUAUCUCUGAUUCAAGACUGGGCUGAUGCGUUCCGUGGGUCACCUGAACUAUCUUAUGUGCUGGAGACUUAUGAAUCUCUCAGAGCACAAGGUGUGGAAUUUCCUGCCAAAAACUUAGAUACACUGUCUCCAAUCUACACACCACAAAGGACACAACCAGAGAGACCACCAACAGCCACAGCACCAUCCAGGCCACCUCCAUCUCAGACUCCAGUGGUUCAUCCACAGGGCGUCCAACCUGUCCCUGCAGUGCAGGCACCCAGUGGCCCUGUGGUACCUACACCUGAACAGCUUGGAAAAAUACGAUCUGAGCUUGACAUUGUACAUGGAAACAUCACUGUCAUGUCUGAAAUGUUGACAGAAAUGACACCUGGUCAAGAGGAAGCAGGAGAUUUGCAGCUAUUACAGGAAUUGAACAGAACAUGUCGCGCCAUGCAGCAGCGGGUUUUAGAGCUGAUUGAAAGGGUAGCAAACGAAGAAGUUGUAGGUUUGCUUUUAAGUGUUAAUGAUGAUCUUAAUAAUGUGUUCAUUCGUUAUGACCGCUAUGAGAGAUUCAGGCAAGUGACAACUCAGCAAAGUGAACCAUCAGAAGCUCCGCCAGAACCCCCACGACCUGCUGCUGUGGAGCCAUUACCAACAGAAACUGGAAGGAUGACAACAGCCUGGCCAGAAAAUGCAGCAAGGGUAACACCAAAACAGUAUCAUCUGCUGAGUGACAGUGAUCUGCCAGCCCCUCAUGCAGCAGCAGAUCAGGUUACCUCUCAGACUCCAGGUACAGUGGACAUAGCUCAGCCAGUGCCACCAGCACCAGCACCAGCUCCAGCUCCAGCACCACCCGCCGGUACUGGAGAUUCAUUAAUCAGUUUUGACGAUGACCAGGUUACUCCUUCCCAGGCUCCCUCAGUCAAUGCCAUGACCUCUCAGAUGCAAGCUAUGAACGUUGGACCUAGCCCUACUGACCAAGAUGAUGAAUUUGACAUGUUUGCCCAGUCAAGAAAAAGCACAUUUGAUGAGAGUAGAAAAGGUGGAUCUUCGUACACUGAUAAUCUGCAGCCAUUUGAUCGCACAAUNAACAGGCCAAUGCAGAAGCCGCUGCUGCCCAAGUUCGACCAGUUCCUUGCGGAUCGUGCAGCAGCAGGCGGUCAGCGGACCGGUAGUGUAAAGUCAGGAGCCAGCCGGCCAAGACAGAGACAGAUGCAGAUGGAAAACCAAGCUGAUGACGAAAUUCUUGUUAAUGCUUCUCUAGAUUUUCUUCUAACUCCGGAUUUUUGUCUUUUUUUUUUAUUUAAACAGACAGAAGAACGAAGCCCAAUGGAUGAUAUUGAGUCAUGGCUUAACGUCACAGAAACUGAUGUGGCCAAUGCAGAAGCCGCUGCUGCCCAGCAGGCCGCAAAUGGAGACACACUAACUUCUUCAGAGUUCGACCAGUUCCUUGCGGAUCGUGCAGCAGCAGGCGGUCAGCGGACCGGUAGUGUAAAGUCAGGAGCCAGCCGGCCAAGACAGAGACAGAUGCAGAUGGAAAACCAAGCUGAUGACGAAAUGUUUGGUUUAUGAUUCACCUGUACAAACACUUUUUUCUUUCAAACUUUGAAACCUUGGUUUUGGAAAUGUCUCCUUUUAACGGGUCCCGCAAUCAGAUUGUGGAUGCCUGUUGCGUGACGUUUUUUUAGUUAUUGACAGUAAUGGAGUUUCUACAGCAACAGCUCUUUCGCAGCCGUCUAAGGAACGUCAUGCAGCACUUCAUUUAGUGACGUCACGCAACGGUUCAACAUUGCGUCACACAGCGUUUCGUUUCGUUACGACAUCAGAUACGACUGCGAAAGAGAACUGCAAGAAUUGUUAAAAUGUAGGGCCAGUGAACGGCGGAGGCGCACCAGUCAUUUAAUGUAGCUUGUGCAUGAAUCAGUUGCAAUUGUAUUCUAAAGUAAUAACGUUAUUCAUUAUUGAAAUUUUGAUCAAAAUCA